CCUUAGGCCUACUCCUCUGCUACCAGUGCAUCGAUUGAUGAAGCAAAGCCAACUAAAGAUGGUCCUACAAAUUGAAUAAUGGAGUUUGAAAACGUUCCCAUGGAAAAAUGGACAGAGGCAGCGGUCAGCUCCUGGCUGAGGUCCAUUGGCAUAAAAGAAGACUAUGUGACCAAGCUGAACGAAGAAGAGGUCAAUGGGAAGAUUCUUCUAGAAGUAACGGAGGACUUUCUGAAAAAAGAAACUGGGAUGAAAUCCGGGCCAGCUCUUUUAAUCAUCAAGAAGAGAAACGAACUUGUUGAAUCGCUUAAGAAGGCCCAAAAAGUUCACAAAAAACAAGAAGGUUCUAAAAGGGAACCCAGCAAUGGCAAAAAUGUCGCUCAGACAAAGGAAACCCCUCCAGAAGCCAAGGAAACCACCUCGAGUUCAGAGAUUCGAUCUGUGUCAACAUCAAAAAAGGACUGUAGACCUAGACCAUUUUGCAAAAAUGGUAUUGAUUUUACUUAUGCCAAGCACAGUGUCCUGCAGCCAGAAUCGGGUGUUAUUGAUCUCAUAUCCCCCUGCCACGAGUACAAGUCAUUUGCUACCGCAGCAACUUUAGACCGCACAAGGCAGAAGGCCAAAUUUGCCAAAGAGGUCUUGAAAUUUGGUGUUGGUUGCAUGAAUGUAAGAUCAAAUGGCACCAUACAUUUUGGUGUAAUGGAUAAUAGGGAUGAUGAUUGGUAUGAUCAUGGUGAGAUUAUUGGUGUGCCAGUGCCUGAAAAAGACAUGUAUGUUGAUGCCCUUGAUCACAUUGAGAAAGCCUUUUCCAGUGGGGAUGCAGAGCAUUUGAGACAGUGUAUACGGCCACCUCAAUUCAUUGAGGUUACUGACAUUAACGGCUGGGAAAAGAGGUAUGUUGUGGAAGUUGACAUUGUACCUGAUAUCAGUGUUGUGAAGAACAGAGUAUAUUCUGUUCGUCUUCCAAACUUCAGAGAGAGUUCAAACAAGGUUGAGUUUGAAAAAGAAGUCAUCUACUGCAGGAUAGGCUCGAAAACAGAACCAGUUAGUGAUCCAAAUGAAUUCUACCAACGGGUGCGUGACAGGGAUGCUGUGCGAGAAAGGGCUGAGCAGGCAUGUUUUGACAGCAAUGCAGAAGUCAGCCAGGACCUGGGUAGAAAACUGACAAUGCUCAUUACCAGUGGCAAGAAAUUCAUUGAGAAGGAAAAAUGGUAUAUUCUUGUCACAAACAAAUUCGGAAAGCAAGACCUCAGCAGCAUAGACUUUCUGCUGAAUAUGAAUAUCUUCAGUGUGUUCGACUUUGAUCCUGACUCUAAAGUGUCAGGACUGUGCAGUGAGUACUCAAAGCACCAUGCUGUAAACCCACAUUUCAUGCAAGACUACAAAAUUCCCAAUGGAAAGAGCAUGCACGAAUUUGAAGAUGGUCUCCACUUAUUUGAGCAGCCAAGUUGGAUAUUUUGCAAUGGACGUAGCGAUUUCAAAGGAGACGAAGCUCCGUUUGAUGACAUGACAUGGAUCAAAACCAGAAUGACUUUACUUCGAGAAUGUGUGUCACUGAUCUGUAAACAGAUACUGCCAAAAGGCACUUUCCUUGUGGUGUUCCUGCUCACAUCUUCUGUUGAAACACCUCUACUGUACACUUUCCUUGAGUUCUUUACUGACAUGGAAGGGCACGACGACAUCAUAUGCAUCUCAGAAUCAGAAGAGAACUUCCUGAAGUGGCAGAGCUUUGCGGAGGGGCCUUGUGGUGCAGACACUGUAAACCGCUCAAGUGUUGUCGGAAUGAGAAUGAGCCACAUCAAUGCAACUCUGCAGCGCAUCCAACCGAUUAUUUCACGAACCACAAAACUCCUUCCCGUCUGUUCAAAGGGAGUGUGCAACUUUGAGACUCGAGAGGAAGAGCGAAUGCAUUCCCUUGACAUCUUGGGUGCUAACCAUUGUGAUGAAACCAGCUUUGACUAUGCUAUGGAACAAAAAGAACACAUUGAAAGGCAAUUUUAUCGUGGAGGAAAAGUUCACUGGUUGAACUUCUGGCUGGCUGAGAACAAGUUUGUAGAGGAGGUUAUUCGAAGAGAUGCUUACAAUGACAUUGCCAAACUGAUUCAGGAGAACCUCAAAGGACAGGUUGGGCAACUCCCAAUUUGUUGCUUGACUAUAUACCAUCAUCCAGGAAGUGGUGGUAGUACAAUUGCAAGGCAGGUUCUUUGGAAUAGUCGAAAAGACUUGAGAUGUGCUGUUGUGAAACCAUCAUAUUCUCUUUCUUUAGUAGCAGAGCAUGCCUUCCAACUUCGAGAGUAUGAAGAGAAAGACCCGCAAAAUUGUCUCCCAGUUCUCUUGCUUUUGGAAGACUGUGACCGAGAGAAUCUGGAUGAUUUAAAGAAUGAAUUGGAGGUAGCAUUCAACACCAAAAGGAUUGCACACGGAACACUGUGCUUUAUCCUGCUUACUUGCAGACGGUCCCAUGAUCCACAGAGAAUGUGUAAGGACUCUUCAUCAGAAAAUGUUGCAGUGACUCACAAAUUGUCGGAUGGAGAAAAGAGACACUUUGCAACAAAGCGCCAGACUCUUGAGCAACGACACAAGCCAGAGUUCAUCUUGACUUUUGUCCUGAUGAGCGAGGAGUUUAGUGAAGAGUAUAUCGAGAAAUUUGUGAUACAUUUGCUUCAAGGGAUUGACCAUACAUCAAAGGAUACGCGGCUCAUUCGCUUUGUUGCACUGCUGAACACAUAUUUGCAAAACUCAUUCAUCUCUCAGUCUCAUUGUGUUGCCCUGCUACCCAUAACAACCUACUCUGACAGAUUUCGCCAGCAUGCCUUUGAGAGCUGCCUCAGUGAGCAGGCAAAAUUAGCUUUCAUCCACCUAAGAGAUGAACGGACACACAUUGACUCAGUCAGAAUAAUUCACCCUUUAGUUGCUAAGGAAAUACUGUAUCAGCUCUCGAAAUAUCAGCCGCAAAGUGAUAUUGCCCUGGAUCUUUUACAUGAGGAUGUACUUCUUGAACACAGGUUUGGCAGACAGGACUAUGUAAAAUUUUUGCGAGACUUAUUUAUAAGACGAAGCAGGAUUAGUAAAGGUGAUAAAGUUGACAGUUUCUUCUCCCCAUUCAUUGAGCAUGUGCAGAAGAAAGAAAGUCCUGAGAUGGCAGUUGUGCUUCUUACAGAGGCAUAUGCACGAUUUAACGAUGAUCCUUUCUUUGCGCAACAACUUGCUCGUUUCAGCUAUUCUCACGACCAAUUUGAGGAUGCGCAAAAGUGGGCUGAAUUAGCAGCAUCCAAAAUGCCAAACAAUUCUUACAUAUUAGACACCAGAGGGCAAGUGUACAGAAAGUGGUUUGUUGCCAAAUCAAAAGCACUUGACAAUGUUCACAAAACUCCUGAAAAUACUGCAGAUACGAUUGAGACCGCUUUAAAAGCGUUAGAAUAUUUUCAACUUUGUGAAGAAGCUGCUAUGGCCGAUGACGAAAAUGUGAACAACUCUGGAUUUUUUGCGGUUGUAGACAUGGGAUUCAGUGUGCUAAGGCUUAUAUUCUCACUUCCAAUCUUCUCUCGCAACCCUGACACAUGCAUAGACUACCUGGUGACUGACUUAAUUCCAGAAUCAGUGAGAAAACCUUGGGAGAAUUUUCACAGCAAAUUGAAAAAUCUACAGACUUUGAUACACAACGCCCUGGAGUGGAUAUCUGAGGAUUUGAGCUACUUUCAGACUGAUGUGACAGCAGAUGAAGAAGGUGCUUCCCAAAGCUAUGAGAUGAAAAUAUACCAUCCCAAGACUUGGUUGGUGAACCAAUUCUCACUGUAUGGAAAGUACUUCAAUUAUUACUGUGCUGAAACGAUUAACAAGCAGAGUCCCUUUAUGAAACGGAUGAAGAUUUAUCGCCUUGGUGGGGGUAACAUCAUUACAAUCUUCUCACUUCUCAGUGACCAGAAUGAAAAAGACUCUGUCCAAAUAUUGGAGGAGAUAAUCUCUUGUUACCCCAGAAAUCCACAGAACGCAAGAUUGAAUCCAAUGGAUCUUUCAAACUACAUAGCAACUCAUAUUGCCCUAAGUUGCCUCUCACCUCAGUCUCCCAAACUGUCCAGUCUUCAGGAUCUUCAGAGCCUGCGGUUUCCCAGGGAGAAACGGGACUGCCUGCCAAGUGCUCUUUUCCUCCGCACAAUGCUUUUCUGGCCUGAAGAGCCGGACGCAGAGGAUGUAAAGAACAAGAAAUAUGAAAUUGUUCUUGGAGCAUUAGAAUUCCUCAAAAAAAGCUACUGGAGAAAGCGGAAAGAUAUGCCACCAAGAAGAAGGAGGAUCUAUACCCAUUUUUUCCUUGGAAAUGGAAGGGGUUUUCAUAAGUUUGUCCACAAAACUGAGGUGGAAAAGAUCACUGGACACCUGAGCAUGUCUGAGAAGAAAUCGAAAUGGGUUUGGGGGGGUGUGUGGAAAAUGGCAGAAACGGCAAAAUUGCUCAAACGUGUAACUGGUUGGACAAAGGGAAGGACGGUGUAUCUUGAAGGUCCUAAAAAGAGGUUCAUUGUCACUGCUAUGAACACAAACACAGUGCCCUAUGAGAAUGAAAAUGUCACCUUCUACUUGGGCUUUACGUUUAGUGGGCCGGUGGCCUACGACGUUACAGUGAACCAUAAUCAAUUGUAACGAGAUGUUAUGAGGGGCUUUUUGAAUGGAUCAGAGUAGCGCAUGGAAACAGACACUACACUUACACCUACAGUCCAUCUGAGGGCGCCACUUGACUUUUGCACCCCAAUGCUACAAGAAGGGGGACCGGCCAGACACCUGGGUCUGUCUUGAGCUCCAGGUAGCAGUUUGGCGGCUAGCCGGAGGGCUAUGGGUCGAAGAGGGGGCGUGGGGACUUGAAGGUUGGUUUUGGGGACUGAUGGAGAUCGUUGGUUUUGGGGACCGGAACUGCAGGACAGGGUCCCGGAGAACUUUGAUAAGACUUUCAGAUUUGUCAGUGAUUUUUCCCCAUCCUUGAACGCACAGGGGGAGUCUGAUGGAGAAUGGCUCAGGAGACAGGGCUGGCCGUCAUGCC